AUGCUGGGUUUCUUCGGACCCUUCUACGACCAACUGGUUGGCAUGCUGCGCAAGCAGCAGGGCCAGCUCGCUUUCGAUCAAAUCGACCGUCUCAAUGCCUGGUUCACGCCGUUCGUGCUCGUCGCUAUGACGCUCGCCAUCUCCUGCAAACAGUACUUUGGACAGCCGCUCAAGUGCUGGACACCUCGCGAGUUCUCCGGCAGUUGGGAUGGCUACGUUCAUGAUUUCUGCUUCAUUGAGAACACGUACUUUGUGCCGAACGGAACUGAAGUGACCGACCAGGCUAGAGGCGGCCGCCACAUCAACUACUACCGAUGGGUUCCUCUGGUGCUCCUCCUGCAGGCCGCCAUGUUUGUUUUGCCGUACAAUAUCUGGAAUCUGCUUCACAAGCGAACCACGAUCAAUCUCAAAGGAGCACUCCGUUUUUUCGAGGGAGCAAUGAAAAAGCAGCAGCCGGGAGAGGCCUGCGAGUCGUUUGCCAAUGAAAUUUGGGUCAAACUGAUGGAAAUCCGCACUGCUCCUCGCAAAGUGAGUUACUGAUAUCAUCCGGCAAAGAAGUAAUAUUCUGUGUUCAGAUGGCUGGAUGUCAAGCAACCAUCAACUUCUUCCUGCUCAAGCUCGGAUUCAUUGUCAACUGCAUUCUCCAAAUGGUGCUUCUCAAGCACUUCUUGGCGGUCGAUGACUAUUUCUGGGGGUUCGUUCAUCUGUGGAACGUCGAGUUCAAGGGGACCGCCGAGCACGAAGACAGCAUCUUUCCGAGAAUCGUCCUCUGCGAUUUCAAGGUCCGCAACCUUGGACAGCAACAUCAGCACACUGUCUCGUGCAUUAUGUUACUGAACAUGAUAAUUGAGAAGCUCUACAUUGCUUUCUACUUCUGGCUGAUCUUUGUGUUUAUUGUCACUACCGCCGGCAUGCUUCAUUUCGCCUUCCAGAUUCUGUUCAGAAGACACAGCCUGAUCCCAACCAACCUGAACAACAAGGUAAAGCAUCAAACCCCAGUUCAGUUUCUAAUCUUGUCCCUUCCAGCCAGCGAUGAACCCGACUCGCUCUCACCGUUUCAUCAGAAAGUACCUGAACUUUGACGGCGUCCUUCUACUGACUUUCAUCGAUGCUCAGUUUGGCGCCUUCCGUACUUCUCAAGUCAUUGACGGACUCAUCGACCGUUUUGUGGCGGAGGUUGGUGACGAAUACUAUCCCAAUUAUACAAUGUUAGAUAACGUCGAGUACGAGGACGCGACGUGGAAGAAAUGAACACAAAUUCGGCAGCGGGGGGAGUAGCGACAGUUGGCUUCAUUUUUUCAAACUAAUAUCACCAUGAAAAUUCAUUUUUUCCCCUGCAAAAUUGUCUUUCUUUGUAGCAACAGCCUGACUCGUCCACUGUCACUUCGCUGCAUGAGGACCAUCCCGAGAGAUACGUCGCGUUCAACACCGACACCAUUCCAGUGGACCGUUACAACCGCAAAACGUGUCAAAGUCUGAUAGAAGAGGUCGACGGUCCGUCCGCUCCCCUAGCUGCCGAAGAAAAGAAAGCAUUGUAA